AAAUCGACAGCAGCUUUAUUGGCCUUUCGCCCUAGCCGUCAGCCACAACGGCACACGACAGACCAGCAGCAGCAGCAGCAACAACAAGCAGGAAAACGAGCGUCAAAAAAAGCAAAAACUCCACAAAAAACAAAGGGAGAAAGGGCAGCAUUGCAACAAGCAGCCAGACAACAGCCAAAGUUGCAACAAAAAACGAAAUUGCAAAAUGCUCACCAAAAAGAAAUUCUCCCACGCAAAAAAGCGAAGAAACAAGAAGAAGAAACAGCUGCCGACAGUGAUACCAUUAAAAUUUCCUCCGAUGAAGAGCAAACGCCGGCAAAAACAAACAACGCAGGCGAUAUUUACACGCUGGACUGCAAUGUUGCGUCAUUUGAACAACGAAACCGCUGUGGCACACCCAGUCGUAGUCCGUGCGAUAACAGCAGCUCAUCCUCGGCAAUUUCCUCUUCACUGCGUUCGUUAGACUACGAAGCCGAAGCCGAUGAAGAGGAUGCCAAUGAAUGUGAGGGUGUGGAAUUGCAGCGCAAACUGGCUGGUGGCAAUGACAAUUUGAUGCACGUACAGAAUUUUCUCAAUUAUUUCGAUGGACAACAACAACAACAGCAGCAGCGACAGCAACGCAGGCAAAAGACACCGGCAAUAUGUUAUGUCACACACUUACAACAGGAAAUGUUGCGUCAACAAGAGGGGCAUAAUGUAGAUAAUUAUAUGGCAAUGAGUUCGACAGAAGCUAAGCGUCUUAACACGUAUGUUGAGCAACGCGCAGUCGAUGAGUUGUUGACGCCACAGCAGCAAUUGGAUUUCAUGUCGCCAACAACAAACAUGACUGCUACUACCGCAUUGACAACAACAACAAGUACCACAACAAGCACUGCAAAAGCAAGCAGCAAGCCAGGUAAAUUCACAAUUUCAACAAAGUUUUUGCGCAAGCCGCGUCACAAAUUGAAAUCAGUGAAUUUAGCGCCGACAGCGGAUGUAAGCGGCGCAUUGGCAAAAGCAACGACAACAAUUGGCGGUGAUAAGCAGUUAGCAUUGCAUGAUCAGCAACAGAGCAAUGAUAAUAACCAAUUGUUAUUGCAACAAGAACAGCGACAGCAACCACCAUGUGCCGACGAACCGAAUGUGAAAUUCAAUUCGAAUUUCUCCAUUAAUUCACUUUUGAAUAAAAAAUAAUGAUAUUGCGAAGCCAAAUUGAAUUUCCAUUAUAUGUACUCGUAUUCAACUGUAGCCAUCAAUAUUUGUGCAUACAAAGUAUAAUGAUAGGAAUUGUACUAUAGUAUUUCAGCUGAUGAAAGUUUUAGAUUUUUAGUUUUCUUAAAUCACGACAUUUCAUUUAACGCGAAAUUGUUUUUUUUUGUUUAAGAAUAUGUCUACCAAAGCAACACUAAAACGGAAAGGGUUACAUUUUUGCAUAAAUUAAAAGCAUUUUAAAGAUAAACCAUUCUUUCAAAUACUCAAAUAUAUAUAUUUACUAUAAUAUUAUUCGCAAAAAGUAAAAAUAAAAAAGUUAUAUGAAAAUCACAAGAAAACCCACCAAAACCACCACAUGUAAACAAUAAACAGUCAGCUGGUUGAAAAAACCAGAAAAAGCCUUCAUAUCCAUAGUCAAAAGCAGUAAAUAAACUGUUUCUAAGUGCAUACCACAGUUGCCAAUUAGCAAA